AGUUUACGUCAGCUUCUCCGCGGAAGAUGUGUUGGUAUAUCGUAUCGAUUGUUGAAUUUGCUCGGGCCUGACUUUGCUAUAUAUAUUCCCAUUUAAAAGGACCCCCUAAUCAUGAUUUAAAGCCAUCCUAUUGCAUCAACAGAUACUGAAGGUGUACAGUGGUGUCGGUUGGAGUGAUAACGCGUUAAAUUGUUUCGUUUGCUUAGAAAUACGUGUCCUGUGACAAAUAUUGAGGAUACCAGUGAUUUUCUUUUUGGUUUCGUCGUGACAAAAAAAAAGAAGGAUUGUUUUUCCUUUUUUUUAUACCUAGUGUCUCAAGUGGUGUAUCUAUUUGGUGUUCACAACUCCGAUUUGUUAACCACUCGAGAUGGUUAUGUGAAAUGAUUCAAAAUGACUUGGGCAAAAUUCCGUUUGAGACUUGAGAGACUCUCAAGAUCUAUCCCGCGAAAUGCUUCACGAUGGUUAGGGUGUGAGUGAGCUUAGGGACUGUUGAAGUCAAGAACUCAGCAAGAAGGUUCAGAAAGACACGCGGUAUUAGAAGUGUCUUGAGAGGAAUCUGACAGGGACAGAGGUAGUGAUGGCAGUCAGCAACAUAGUUUGUGAGUGGUUGAAGGCUCUUGGCCUGGGUCAGUACGCCGAGAGUUUUCUCGACAACGGGUACGAUGAUCUUGAGAUCUGCAAGCAAGUGGGUGAUCCCGAUCUUGAUGCCAUUGGUGUGGAGAAUCCUCAGCAUCGGCACAAGUUGCUCAAGUCUGUGCGACAGCUGAGGGAGAAGGGAGCUGCCAGUGUAUACUUUAUGCUCAACGAUCCCGAUGGAUUGGCAGAGGGACUGGAGGGCAUCGGUGGCAGAGAAACCCCACCGACAACGGAAUUGGAAACACUCCUGCGCCAGCAAUUGCAGACCGACUCCAUCCGAUUGACAUCCCAUCCAUAUUCCACGCCGGACGGUGGACGUGGUCAUUUGGAGGGUCUUGCAUCGGUUUAUUGUGAAAUUCUGAUGGCUCCAUUUGGGGACGUUUUAAGUGCUUUAGAGAAUGAGCGAUUAGCGGCAUGGUCCGAAAUUAGUCCGCACCAUAGAGGUGUCGGUGCAAACCGAGGCCACCGGGGGAGUUCCAGCCAAGGUGGCCUCCCCAAUAGCCAUAGUCAACCAAUUUAUGUGCCAGGGAAAUAUUCACCGUCAAGCUGUCUAUCCGAUAAGGAAGAGGAUGAAAUUUACGGUUUCGGAUAUGGUGUCUUCGCCCCAAGGGUAGCUCGAGGUGCACUGCAGUCGACGAUCAAUUCGCAACAGCAUCCAUCUCACACCAAUAGCCAGCAUCCCCAGUACCAGCAAUCACAGAAUUCAUCCAUUCAGCCAGCCAUACAGCAGAGCUGCCUGAGUCCACGAUCGGCGUAUUUUUAUGAAUUCCCUCCCACAGAAGGACGCGAAACAACGAAGAAGCGCUUGACCCUGGCACGAUUGCUCAAAGGCCUAAAAACUGUAAAUAGGAGAGAUAGGACCAAUAAUCAAAAUACCGGCACAACUCAAUUAAUCAACGAGAGAAUCGAAAGACUGAGACAUUUCCAAGCUAACGGAGGACCACAAAACAGUUUCGAGGAAACCAUCCAUAGGCUUAAAGUUCAAGAGGCACUGAGGAAGAGGGAAAAAUUCCAACGUGAACACGAAGAGAUUCUGAGGAAUAUACGACAGGGUCUCCUGCAAAUGGGCCGUGAUGGUGGAUGUGCAGAUGAUACCUACAUGUACGACGAUGCUGCCCGUGGUGCUCUCGGUGGAAGCCACUACCAAGGGCAUUGGUAUGAUGAACCACCAUACGAAAGUGAUCCGGAUGAUUUUCUGAUGUCUGGCAUAAAUGCGGGCCCUGCGGCCACAAUACAGGAUGGUCGUGUCUCCUUCACGACCCACUCACGGGAAGAUACAGGAGUUAUUUCUCUGAGAUCAGCCGGUGACAUAUCUCUGCCCCAGAGAGCCCCACCCCGAAGAGGACUCAUCGUGCCACAGCAUGGAUCUAAUCCACCAACAAUAAUUCCCCUAACGCAUGCCAGAUCACACGAUAGGGAGAGUGGGGACUAUGCUGGAUCCGUGUCGGACAUUCAGAGUGUCACAUCCCGCCUCAGUACGGUUUCGAUUGGUACAAAUAAUUGUACAGCCCGGUACAGGACACUGAGUGGUGGAAUUGGUGAAUCUCCAUCUCUGUCGCCGAGUCCAUCAUCCGAUUAUGAGGACGAUUUAGCAGCUUCGCAUCAUGGAUUACCUGCUGGUAUGGCCAAGAGCAAGAGAACAACGGCGCACAAAGGCUCAACAAUUAGCCAGAAGGCGACCGUGCAUCAUCCUGGAGACGUAAGAAGUUCUCCAAAGGAGAAGACAGUCUUUGGUGAAAAUUUGAGAAAGUUCAAUGGGACAAAGGAAACUUCGAGAGACUUCAAUACAUCCCAAGAGAACACUGACCGAGGAAGUAUAAGUGAUCAGGCAUUUCCAUGUUCUGCUAGUUCCGUCGAGAGUCUCCCAAGUGCUUCUGGUUCGAGUACGCAGGCACUUGUUCGACCCGGAAGUCCCCAUAGUUCCCUCUCAGCCGAUGACCGGAAUACCCUUCCACCCAUCUGUAUAGCUAAAGCUAUUGUAGAUAGUUUACCAAAUCCAUAUGACAAAGAAGCUCUUCGCUUCAAGAAAGGUGAUAUUAUAGAUGUAAUCUCAAUGAAUGCUUCCGGUGUUUGGCGGGGUCGGUGCAAUGGCCGAAUAGGACAUUUCAAAUUCAUCAAUGUGGAAGUACUUCCGGAUCACCGACGUAAGAAUGUUAACAACAAAAUUGCAUCUUGUCGGAAUCCCAAUAGCCCAGCUUCGGUUGAAGAACUACUGCUACGGAUCGGCCUAAAAGAAUAUACGUCGGUUUUUGUCCUUAAUGGCUAUGAAGACCUAGAACUCUUUAAGGAACUGGAACCGGCAGAUCUGGACUACCUGGGUAUCUUGAACAAUGACCACAGGGCUAAAUUGUUAACAGCUGUACAACUACUUCACGACAUGGAUUCAAAUUCCGAUGGUGAUGUUGCUGGUUCUAGUUCUGAGAAUGAUGAAGCCCUACGUCGUAAUCACAUUGCUUCCCUCAAGCAUCCAUCAUCACCUUUUGGUCGGCGUCACUUCCCUCGAGAUUCCGGUUGCUAUGAAGGUUCCCCGGUCCCUGCUGGAUCAGCGACCCAAAUAAUGCCUGUGGAUGAUGCUCACAGUUUAGAUGACGUCGUAACGCAAUGCUCAAAUGAGAUUAUGAAGCGUGUGGAGAACGCUAGGCGUCUCAAGGAAGAAAAGUGCCAUGAGAAGGGUCCACCCAAGGGAAUGCAGCGGAUGGGCAAGAAGGGUCUCUUAGGAGGCAGUGCAGGAAGUACUCCCGAUGAGGGUAUUUGUUCUCGAGGUGGUGGAGCCCUUAGUGAGAAAUCCAGCGAUUCUGGAGUCAGCAGUAGUUCGCUGUCUUCGGGUCCAAUGAAAAACAUCACGUGAAAUAUAUUGCAAAAGUUGUCCAAGUAAGUUUCUUCCCUUCGCAGUUAGACAUGCCAUGCAACAAUAAAUGCACGAUACAGUUUAGAGCUUUGGCGUUACUUUGAACAAUCUCCCCCAAUGAAUUUUGCCCGAGUGCCUCUUGAGCUUGGAGAAUCAUAGAAAAGUUUCAAGAUUAUCGCACUGUGCUAGUGAAUCGGUUGAAAUUAUGCAAAUAGUGGCAACAAAAUGCAAAUGGCACGCGAAUUAGUAAUAAUAUUGCAGCAAUUCCUGGGCAAUUAUCCACAUAUACUUUCUUCGAGAGAUUCUCCUGAAAAAUCGAGAGUGUUAUAUGGAGAUCUCGUUCAUUGGCUAAAAUUGAAAAAAGAAGCAAAAUUAGCUAAAGAAGAAACAGCAUAAAAAAUUGCUCUACAUUCUGUUCAAUUGCACCAUUCUAAAUGCGAGCAAUGGCAUAAAAAAAGGAAGGAACGGAAGGGAACUAAAUUUGCACAUAAAAAGAACAGGUGAAACGUGUCAUGAAAGAAGAACACUCUUUGAAUAUUCAUUUGCAACUCCUUGACUAGUACCACUUGUGUGAAAAAAAUAACCUUUUUAUGCACACAAAAAAAAAUAAACAAAACUUGAAACAAUAAAAUAUAAAUCAAACUAAGAAUUGCAAGUACUUAAGAAGAUAUAAAACGUUAUUUGUCGAUAUCGCAAAUAACGACAUUUAACAUUGUUUUAACGAACACUGCCAUAUAAAAAAAGAACCCACAAUUUCAUCCAUCCAAAAGUUAUGACUUGAAUUAAAUAUUCUCAUUUUACGAUCGACUUUGUUGGAUUGGCAAAUAUUUCAAAUAAAUUCUUAUUUAAUUAUGCAACCUUUUACGACCAUUUUAGAAACAAGACCUCCUGCGCAACACUUCUUUUUUCCAAGCGCCAUUCCACAAAAACAUCAUUUUAGAACAGAAAACCAAUUGGACAUGUGGUUUUCUAACCUAAGAAAUUGCGACGUGAGGUUAUGUGAGGUUAUGCUGAAGAUAAUUUCAUUUAGAACAAAAAUCUGUUAAAUUUAUAGAAACCUACUAAGUUUAAGCUUUUGACAGUAAUAAAACGACACGAUUAUGCUCAUUAAAAUCACAGCAAUUUUCUUUCAAUAAAACUUUAAGGUUAGAGGAGGUGGGGCUAUAUUGAACUGGGGCUACAUUGAAAACUCUUGUAAAGUAAAGUAGUUAAUGCUCGAACACGAAGAGAGAGCAGUUAUAUAAUCUGCUUUUCCAACUUACCAACGCUUUGGAGCUUAAACGGUUAAAGUUAUCAAUUUCCGCUCUUUAGUGACCCCCAAUAAAAAAAAAUUAACCCCUAACAUCUUUUUCCCCUAACCCUACUUCAUUUUCUCCAGAACCAUCUUUUUUGGUUUAUUAAGAAAGCAGCACUAUGGAUUUCUUAUAUUUUAGGAUAUGUUUUAGAUAUCGUCUCGGCGUAAAUUUGACCAGAAAAAUCUUCAAAUUGCAUUAUUAAUGAUCAAAGAUCAAUCACUUUGGAGAAGUAAUUUUUUAAACGGUUUCGUUAAAUUUUGAUAUUUUGGAAAGGUAUUAAAAUUCAGAUCCGGCUGCAUCAGUCUUCAUUGAUAAUGAAUCGGUUAAGUAUCGUUAAACUGACUCAUUUUUUCGGAAAUUAAAUUUUACUUGAUCUUAAGUUUGUCCUCGAGCUAGAGGUCAAACGAUAAGUGAUAUCAACUUCCGGUCUUCGAUGACCGCCCCCAUAUGUGCACAUUAUCUCAUCCGGUCUUUUUUUAAUUUUUUCCCCUCACCUCCAUUCAUGCCCUCCGAAACCAUGUUUAGUCCAAGCUUUUUCAAUGAUUUUCGAAUAUGUUUCGGAGGUAGUCCGGAUGAAUGUUUCGCCCAAACAUACUUAAGACCGGAAAAAUCGCCAUUUUGAAAUAUUGAAGAUCAAAAGUCCAUCACAGAGGACAAAAUUUUUCAACAGAUUUGGUUGAAUUAUGAUUUUCCGGAAAAGUCUUGAAAUUUUGAAUCCCGCUAUGUUAUUCCCAAUCGGUAAUGAAUUGCUCAAGUAGAUCAAGGACUCUUGAGCGAUUUUUAUUGAUAAGAGCAUUCUAAAAUGCACACUUCUUAGCAAAAAAUUUCUAAUUCGGAAUUUUUAUUUCCUAUAUGUGAAUGAAUUUAAUCCUUUAAUCGGUGAUUAACCGAUAUGCACCCAAAAAAUAUGCAAAAAGAUAACUCAUGGAUAGCUCUAUCUCGUGAGUUCGAGCAUUCCGCAGAGCUGGGACGCUUUGCCAUCUCUUUUAGAUACACAAAACAAUUGUCUAUCUAAAUUAAAUAAUGGCUAGGCCCAGCUUCUUUUAAAAAUAUAUGCUGAAGAAAUAGUAUAUUCAAUGUAAGCCCUGCUCAAAGGAAUCCCACCUUCCCCUUAAAUAAGGUUAGGUUACCAAUUAACCUCACAAUAAAACUUAACCAUGAAGGGCAUUAUUUGGAUACCAAAAUCUAUCGGAAAUACUCCAUUAGGCCGAUUCUCUUUUGUCCUAAAAAGCAUUGUAGGGUUAUGCAGCACAUAACCUUCAAAAAUCUAUUCUAAAUUCAACUUUUGAAAGGAAAAAACCUCAAAGUUUUCUUUUGUAAAAUUUUAAUUGACUUUCAAAUAUAUAUUUUUUUUUAUUUAAAGAAAUUUAAGACUUACCUUAAACAGUAACAAAUGAAAGAAUUAUCGUUCUAAUUUUUCCAUAUUUUUUCGUGAAAUGGCAGAGAUGUACAAAAUGUUGUCUAACUUAACUUUAUCGAUUUAGAGCAGAAUCACAUUGACAAUAAAAUGCUCGCCAUAGCCUCACUGUAUUUCGUUAUUUUACUCAUUUUCAUUGCAAUUCUUACGCAAAUUUUCCAUUACCGUACUACCUUAUCUCAUACUCGGUGGUCCUAGGUGAAAACAAUAUGAAAAUUGAAGAAAUAAAACUAAAAUUCGAUAAACGGUGAGCAAAAAACUGUACGAAUUAUUUCUCUUACUGUUUUUUUUUGCUCACCGUUUAUCGAAUUUUAGUUUUAUUUCCUCAAUUUUCUUAUAUUUUCACCUAGGGCCACCGAAUAUGAGAUGAGAUAGUACGGUAAUAGAAAAUUUGCAUAAGAAUUGCAAUGAAAAUGCGUAAAUUAACGAAAUACGGUGAUCAUUUUAUUGUUAAUGUGGUUCUGCCCUUAUUCGGUUUCAUUAUUCUGAAAUUACAAAUUAAAUUAUCUGGAUAAUUCUUGGAGUUUCAGUCACACAGGAUAUCAUUCUGUGUGUAUCUGUGUUGGGAAAGUGAAUGAUUCACGUUGGUAAAAAAUAGGUUGAUGUAUUAUUGAAUCAAAAAAUUGUUAAAGUAACUCGGUAAUAAAUGUGUUAAAAAUAAAUAUUUUUAAUUUUUUUAACAAAGUUCCACAAAUGAUCAAUUUAAAAUAUAAGUGAACCGAUCACUUCAAGUACAGAAUCCCUACCCUGGGUCACUUACAUCUUAACCUCACUCUACUACUUAAUCCUUUCGUCAAUUCCGGAAAGUCUUUCAACCUAUUGAGAUUUAAAAAAAAAAUGAGGAAAAUAAACAUUUUAUCGUUUUUUAUUAUUAUUGAUUAGAUUGAAAACUUUGUUCUUCAAUGGAUAAUCUUAAUUUAACACUGUUUUAAGUUUCAAGCACAUAAAUGAAGAAUUGGGAAGGAUUCUUUACAUCCCCAAUUGAAUGUUAAUUUGCAUUAAUUACUUAAAAUAGUGGUACUUGAAAAAUAUCAACUCAACAGGUUAUGUUACUUUGAGGUUAUCUGUCGACGCAACCCCUUAUUUUAAUGCAGCCCUUGAAAUUUUAAAGGUUAAAUUUUAUUUGAUGAAAUUGAACAGUUGAGGCCAAUCCGACAAACAUUGUAUGGACGUGUUUUCUUCCUUUUAUUCCAACUUAAAAAAAAAGUUUAAAAAUUAUUUAUUCACAAUUUCCGUAAACUUAACAAACUUUGAAAGCAAUACAUAGUACGAUAACUAGGACAAUUUGUAAAUAAAAAUUUGAAGAAUGAGAAGAGAAAUGGAAAUCUUAAAGGAAGUCCUCUAACCACAAAAAAAAAACAAAAUUAUAAAAAAACAACAUUUUUGAGGUUAUGGAUAGGAUGUGCAAAGAUUUCUAAUAUAAUUUUUAAACAUUUUUCAUCUCUAAAAUCAAUCUAUUUAAAUGUGAGACGAAAAGGGAAAUAACUAUAUAAAUGAAGAAGAAGAAAAAACGAAUCGUAUAUGUAGAGUUAAGAAGAAUUUAUCAUAUCUGUGGUCGAAAAUUAAGAUGAAAGAAAAAGAAUAUAGAUAAAUGCAUAAACAUAACAAUGAAAAAUAUAUCAAUUCAAUGAAAGCAACAAUAAUUUUGCAAAAAAAAAAACUUUUUUACAAGACAUUUUAUGUAUUUUUUCAUCUUAUGCCUAUUUAGCUAGAACUUAUUAUUUCAAUACUUUUAAUCUUUUAAAUAAAAAGAAAAUCUAAUAAAAUUGCUGCAGUAACUGUUAAUGAAAUGUAUAGUGUUAGUUUUGUACACUUUAUCUACAAUGUGAAGAUUUUGAAAAGAAAGACUAUUUGACAGCAUAAGUAAUGUAAUUUAUACUUUAUAUAUCAUUUUUUAUACUGUUAUUGCAUUUAUUUAUUGAAAUAAAACAAAAAUCUAUCGCUAUUGUACUAAUUAUAAAAUGUCGCCAAAAUUUUAAUUCACACUCACACGUGAAAAAUGCAACCAAAAAUGUAUAUAAAGAAAAAUUUAAUAUGUUAUAGCUGUAAUAUUCUAAUAUUUCAAAUUAUUAGGUGAAAAUAAAAUGAAAAAAAAUGAAAGUAGUCAUUUAUAAUAAAAUUAUAUUGAAAGUGAAUUUGAGCGGGAGGCAUGAACAGAUGAAUCGAGGAUGAAAAAGUUCAAUGGAUAUAAAGUUAAACCUAAAAAAAAAAAGAUGGAGCAUUAACAGAAAAUAUUUUAUUGUACAGACCACUUAAUGAUAUUCUUUCGAAUAGCAAUUUUAAAAAUAUUCUAGUAAAAAAAAAUGCAGAUGACAGCAAAAAUAAAAGAAUUAUAGAAAAGAAAACUCGACUGAUCUGAUUUUUUCAGUGUUUUAUUGAAAAUUAAAAAAAAAUGAAUGGGAAAUAAAAUCUAAAAAAUUUCGAGCUAAAUUA